AUGGCCAAGAGAGGCCGCAGACAGCCCAAACCCCCCAGAGAGCCCGAUGUUGUCAAGAAAUGGAAGGCAUAUUUCGGCGACGAUGGCUUUGGGAGCCUCGAGCACUGGCGGCAGCUAUGCUGGGAUCUGGGUCUGGGCGACAGCUUCACGAGCAAGACACAGUGCCGGAAGCAGGCGCUCAAGACGGUCUGGGUGAACAUACCCGACUUCCUCAAUGCCGUCAAUAGGCCAAACGACGUCGCCUUCUUCCCCAACCAGCAGGCGCUCGCAGCAUACACCGUCGAGACGCGCAAGGUCUUCCCCAAGCGAUACGUUGGGAAGGGUAGCCCGUUGGCGGCUCUGAUGGCGCACAUAUUUUGA